AUGGGUGAUGAAGAGAUUACUUACACAACUGUGAGAUUCCAUAAGUCUUCAGGGUUGCAGAAUCGAGGAAGGGCUGAUGAGAAGCAAGGGCCCAGAGAAGCUGGCCACAGAGAAUCUUCAGUCCCUUGGCGCUUCAUUGUGAUACCUCUGGGAGUCCUUUGUUCCAUUCUGCUGGUGACAGUUGCCGUGUUGGUGACAUACAUUUUUCAAUAUAGUCAAGAAAACCAUGAACUACAGAAAAAUCUAAACAACCCCAGUCAAAGGAAUACCACCAUGCAAAAUAACAGCUGCUUAAAUGAAACUUUGAGAAAUAAGUCUACAUGGUGUGAUGACUUCAAACAUCAGAAGGAACCAGACACUCUCAAUAGAAAACAGAACAGAUGCUGUGGGAAAACUAAGGUUGUUUUAGAUUGUGUACAGCACACAGGGAAGCGUUUUGAUGGACACUUGUUCUGCUGCGGCAUAAAAUGUUAUUAUUUCAUCAUGGACAUGGACCAUAAACACUGGAGUGGAUGUAAACAGACCUGCCAGGACUGCAGCUUAUCCCUUUUGAAGAUAGAUGAUGAUGAUGAACCGAAGUUCUUACAAUCCCAGCUUACUACAAACGGAUACUGGAUUGGAUUAAAAUAUAAUGGAAGCAAAGGGGAAUGGCAAUGGAUUGGUGAUGUCCCAUCUAAACUUAAUUUGAAAACAGUGAAAUUAUUAAAGGAAAGUGGAGGCUGUGCACAUCUCAGUUUCGGAGUUUUUCAGUAUAGUCAAGAAAAUGAUGAACUACAGAAAAAUCUAAACAACCUCAAUCAAAGAUAUAUCACCAUGCAAAAUAACAGCAGAUUGAAUGAAACUUCGAGAAAUAAGUCUACAUGGUGUGAUGACUUCAAACAUCAGAGGGACCCAGACACUCUCAAUAGAAAACAGAACAGAUGCUGUGGGAAAACUAAGGUUGUUUUAGAUUGUGUACAGCACACAGGGAAGCAUGUUGAAGGACACUUGUUCUGCUGCGGCAUAAAAUGUUAUUAUUUCAUCAUGGACAUGGACCAUAAACACUGGAGCGGAUGUAAACAGACCUGCCAGGACUGCAGCUUAUCCCUUUUGAAGAUAGAUGAUGAUGAUGAACCGAAGUUCUUACAGUCCCAGGUUACUACAAACAGAUACUGGAUUGGAUUAAAAUAUAAUGGAAGCAAAGGGGAAUGGCAAUGGAUUGGAGAUGUCCCAUCUAAACUUAAUUUGAAAACGGUGAAAUUAUUAAAGGAAAGUGGAGACUGUGCAUUUCUCAGUUUUGGAGGUAUACAUGAAGAUGACUGUGGUAGAAAACACCCCUGUAUCUGUGAAAAGAGAAUGGAUAAAUUCCCUGGUUCCAUGUACAGUAUGAAGGAAAAGUAAAAAUGGAACAUUUUAUCAUAUUUGCUGGUAUCCUGUGAUGAUUUGUGACUACUUGAUGACUGAAUGUCUUAACCAAAGGACUCAGUCAGCUGAGCAAACAUAGCAAUGAGC